CCUGCUUCUCCAGAGAGGCGAGGUAGCGGCGCUGCAGCGAGGCAGCCCACGGCGCGGGCUGCGCGCACAUGCCGGGCUUGGAGCACCGCAGCCGCGGGAUUGCUGCGGGUGCCCCAGCCCCGCUCCCGUCCCUGCCCCGGCGAGAGCGUCAGCCGCGCUCCGGCAGGGAGGAGGGCUCACCCACGGCUCCCCUCCCGGAGUGCUUUAGUCCCAGAGCGAGCAAACCUGGUAUCCACAUCAUGGGGGAUGUGAAACUGGUGACAUCUACUCGAGUCUCCAAAACCUCCCUGACACUCAGCCCCCCAGUCCCUGCUGAAGCACCAGCAUUUACUCUUCCUCCUCGCAAUAUCCGGGUGCAGCUGGGAGCCACUGCCAGGUUUGAGGGAAAGGUCAGAGGCUACCCUGAGCCACAGAUCACAUGGUACAGGAAUGGGCAUCCUGUCCCAGAGGGAGACCAUUAUGUCGUGGACCGCAGCAUCCGGGGCAUGUUCAGCUUGGUCAUCAAAGGUGUGCAGGAAGGUGAUGGUGGCAAAUACACCUGUGAGGCUGCCAAUGAUGGUGGGGUUCGUCAAGUGACCGUGGAACUGACAGUGGAAGGAAACUCCUUGAUGAAAUACAGCCUGCCAUCCAGUGCCAAAACCUCUGGGGCAAGACUUGCUGUUCCAUCUGUGGAGCAGAGGCCAAGCAUCUGGGGAGAAAGUCCACCCAAGUUUGCUACAAAACCCAACCGAGUUGUGGUGCGUGAAGGCCAAACAGGCAAAUUCUCAUGUAAAAUAACAGGACGACCUCAGCCUCAAGUAACUUGGUUUAAGGGUGAUAUUCAGUUACAGCCAAAUGAGCGCUUCAACAUGUAUGAGAGAACAGGCAUCCAGUUCUUGGAGGUCCAAAAUGCUCAGCUUGCUGAUUCAGGAAUUUACACGUGCACAGUGGUGAACAGCGCUGGGAAGGCGUCUGUGUCUGCAGAGCUCACCGUUCAAGGUCCAGAUAAGACCGACACAUACACUCAGCCACCUUGCAUGCCACCAAAACCAACGACACUUGCUGUUAAAGCUGUUGAAAAUUCAGAAUUCAAACAGGCAACCAGCAAUGGGAUUGCUAAAGAGCUGAAAUCCAGCAGCACAGAACUCAUGGUUGAAACCAAAGACAGGGUGUCAGCAAAGAAAGAGUCCUUUUACAUCACCAGAGAAGCCAAAGAAAGUAAACAAGGACAGCACCAAGAAAACAACACAGACCAUAAAGAAGGAAAAAAGGGACCUCAAGUCUUGCAGAAAACUUCAAGCACCAUCACACUACAAUCUGUCAAACUGCAACCAGAACCAAAGGCAGAAUCCCAGGCCCCUGCCAUCAGACAGGGUGAAAACAGAAAAAGGGGUGUGCAGCUCCUGAUGUCAGCUCAACAAACUCCACCUCCUACAGGGCACGUCAGUCCCAGGACUAGAGAGGCAGAAAACAGGUCUGGAGCUCAGGGGGCUGUAAUGGAGGAGAAGAGGGAGCCCCUGGGAAUUCCCCCUCAGUUUGAGAUCCAUCCACAGAGCCUGGAAGCAUCAGAAGGCCAGGAGAUAAAAUUCAAAAGCAAAGUUUCAGGGAAGCCAAAACCAGAUGUGGAGUGGUUCAAAGAAGGCCGACCUAUUAAAGCUGGAGAAGAUGUCCAAAUAUAUGAGGAAGAUGGAAUUCAUUGCCUGUGGAUAAAGAAAGCCUACUUGAGGGACAGUGGAUCUUACAGCUGUACAGCUGUCAACCCCAAAGGCCAGACUUCCACCAGCUGGUUGUUAACUGUCAGAAGGCCAAAAGUUGAAGAGGUUGCUCCGUGCUUUUCCAGUGUCUUGAAAGGAUGCACCGUGAGCGAAGGGCAGGACUUUGUGCUGCAGUGCUGUGUGGGAGGGGUCCCUGUGCCCCACAUCACAUGGCUUCUCAAUGACCAGCCAAUUCAAUAUGCCCAUUCCACUUUUGAAGAUGGAGUUGCAAAACUGACUGUCCAAGAUGCCCUACCAGAAGAUGAUGGCAUUUAUACCUGUCUGGCUGAAAACAACACAGGACAGGCAUCUUGCAGUGCUCAGGUCACAGUCAAAGAAAAGAAGAGCAGCAAGAAGGCAGAGAGUGCACAGGCUGCAAAGUCAAACAAGACUUUUGCACCCAUCUUCCUUCAGGGCCUGACUGACCUCAAAGUAAUGGAUGGAAGUCAAGUGAUAAUGACUGUGGAGGUAUCAGCUAACCCAUCUCCUGAAAUUAUCUGGCUGCAUAAUGGGAAAGAAAUCCAGGAGACAGAAGACUUCCACUUUGAGAAGAAAGGCAAUGAGUACAGUCUGUACAUCCAGGAGGUGUUUCCUGAAGACACAGGCAAAUACACCUGUGAAGCUUGGAAUGAAGUAGGAGAAAGUCAAACACAGGCUACAUUGACUGUUCAAGAGCCUCAGGAUGGUAUUCAGCCCUGGUUCAUUAGCAAACCAAGAUCAGUGACAGCAGCUCCUGGGCAAAAUGUCCUGAUAUCCUGUGCCAUUGCUGGAGAUCCUUUCCCCACUGUUCACUGGUUUAAAGAUGGAAAGGAAAUAAUGCCGGGAGCAGCGUGUGAAAUCCUGCAAAAUGAAGACAUCUUCACACUGGUCUUGAGGAAUGUGCAGUCUCGUCAUGCAGGGCAGUAUGAAAUUCAGCUCAGGAACCAAGUUGGAGAAUGCAGCUGCCAGGUGUCUCUGAUGCUGCGGGAGAGUUCAGCUUCCACAGCAGAAAUGCUCAGAGAUGGGAGGGAAUCAGCCAGCUCUGGAGAGCAAAGAGAUGGUGGAGAUCAUGGUAAACUAACAUUUGGUAGAACAAGUGGCUUCAAAAAGAACAGCAGUGUAACCAGAGUAGCUGAGGAAGAGCAGGAGGACGUCCGAGGCGUUCUGAAGAGGCGAGUGGAAACUCGGGAGCACACAGAGGAGAGCCUGAGGCAGCAGGAAGCUGAACAACUCGAUUUCCGUGAUAUUUUAGGCAAGAAAGUCAGCACCAAAAGUUUUUCUGAGGAGGAACUGAAAGAGAUCCCAGCCGAGCAAAUGGACUUCCGAGCAAACCUGCAGCGGCAGGUCAAACCCAAGACCUUGUCAGAGGAGGAGAGGAAAGUCCAUGCUCCCCAGCAGGUGGACUUCCGCUCUGUGCUGGCCAAGAAGGGCACCCCAAAAACCCCAUUGCCAGAGAAGGCACCACCUCCUAAACCUGCAGUUACAGAUUUCAGGUCUGUGCUGGGCUCCAAGAAAAAGCCACCUGCGGAGAAUGGCAGUGCUGGCACCCCUGCACCAAACGCUCGUGCCAACUCUGAAGCCCAGAACGCGACCCCCAAUUCUCAAGCCCCCGUUGCCAAACCAGCAGUGAAAAAAGAGGAGAAGAAUGACAGAAACUGUGAACGUGGGUGUGCAGUGGUGGAUGGCGGAAUAAUUGGGAAAAAAGCUGAAAACAAAGCACCAGCAAGCAAACCACCAGCAAGCAAAGGAACAGCACCCUCCUUUACAGAGAAGCUUCAGGAUGCUCAAGUAGCUGAUGGUGAAAAAUUGGUCUUACAAUGUCGGAUUUCCUCUGAUCCCCCUGCAGCUGUCACCUGGACUCUAGACAGCAAAGCCAUCAAAUCAUCGAAGUCCAUUGUCAUCUCCCAAGAAGGGACACUCUGCUCACUGACCAUUGAGAAGGCCAUGCCUGAAGAUGGGGGCGAGUACAAGUGCAUAGCUGAGAACCCAGCAGGGAAAGCUGAAUGUGCUUGCAAAGUGGUGGUAGAAGAUGCCUCAAAGACCUCAAAGCCUACUGAGAAGAAGACCAAGAAGCCUAAGACCACACUUCCCCCAGUGCUGCCAACAGAGAGUGAAGCAACAGUGAAGAAGAAACCAGCUCCAAAGACUCCUCCAAAAGCAGCUGCUCCUCCUCAGAUUACUCAGUUCCCAGAAGACAGAAAAGUCCGUGCAGGUGAAUCAGUGGAAUUGUUUGCCAAGGUGGUGGGAACAGCACCCAUAACUUGCACCUGGAUGAAAUUCCGUAAGCAGAUUCAAGAAAAUGAAUAUAUUAAAAUUGAGAAUGCUGAAAACAGCAGCAAGCUAACAAUAUCAUCAACAAAGCAGGAACACUGUGGAUGUUACACUCUAGUUGUAGAGAACAAACUUGGCAGCAGACAAGCACAAGUCAACCUUACAGUUGUUGAUAAACCAGACCCACCUGCCGGAACCCCUUGUGCGUCAGACAUCCGGAGCUCCUCCCUCACGCUCUCGUGGUACGGCUCCUCCUAUGACGGCGGCAGCGCCGUGCAGUCCUACACUGUGGAGAUCUGGAACUCAGUGGACAACAAGUGGACAGACCUCACCACCUGCCGCAGCACCUCCUUCAACGUGCAGGACCUGCAGGCUGACCGGGAGUACAAAUUCCGCGUGCGAGCUGCUAACGUCUACGGCAUCAGCGAGCCCAGCCAAGAGUCUGAGCUGGUAAAGGUUGGAGAGAAAGAAGAAGAACCCAAAGGGGAUGAAGUGGAGCUAUCUGACGAUGAGGAGAAAGAAACAGAGGUGGAAUAUCGGACGGUUACGAUCAACACUGAACAGAAGGUGUCAGAUGUCUACAACAUCGAAGAAAGACUGGGAUCGGGAAAAUUUGGACAAGUCUUCAGGCUUGUUGAAAAGAAGAAUGGAAAAGUUUGGGCAGGAAAAUUUUUCAAAGCAUAUUCUGCUAAGGAAAAAGAAAACAUAAGGGAAGAAAUCAGCAUCAUGAACUGCCUACAUCAUCCAAAACUUGUCCAAUGUGUAGAUGCCUUUGAAGAAAAAGCCAACAUGGUUAUGGUUUUGGAAAUGGUUUCUGGAGGAGAACUCUUUGAACGGAUCAUUGAUGAAGACUUUGAACUGACAGAGAGAGAAUGCAUUAAAUACAUGAAGCAGAUUUCAGAAGGAGUUCAAUACAUUCAUAAGCAGGGUAUUGUCCACUUGGAUUUGAAGCCAGAAAAUAUUAUGUGUGUCAACAAGACUGGUACCAGCAUCAAACUCAUUGACUUUGGUCUUGCAAGAAGAUUAGAAAAUGCAGGCUCUCUGAAAGUUCUCUUUGGGACACCUGAGUUUGUGGCUCCCGAAGUUAUAAACUAUGAACCUAUUGGAUAUGAAACAGAUAUGUGGAGUAUAGGAGUUAUCUGCUACAUUUUGGUCAGCGGACUUUCUCCUUUCAUGGGAGACAACGACAACGAAACCCUUGCCAAUGUCACCUCAGCGACGUGGGACUUCGAUGAUGAGGCUUUCGAUGAAAUCUCUGACGAUGCCAAGGACUUUAUCAGCAAUCUGCUGAAGAAAGACAUGAAGAGUCGCUUAAAUUGUACUCAAUGUCUUCAGCAUCCCUGGCUGCAAAAAGACACCAAAAACAUGGAAGCCAAAAAACUUUCCAAAGAUAGGAUGAAGAAAUAUAUGGCCAGAAGAAAAUGGCAGAAAACAGGCCAUGCUGUCCGAGCAAUAGGAAGACUGUCGUCCAUGGCAAUGAUUUCUGGUAUGAGUGGGAGGAAGGCCUCUGGGAGCUCACCUACAAGCCCUAUAAAUGCAGACAAAGCAGAGAAUGAAGAUGCUUUCCUUGAAGAAGUGGCUGAAGAAAGGCCCCACGUAAAGCCAUAUUUUACUAAAAAAAUCCUUGACAUGGAAGUUGUGGAAGGAAGUGCUGCUAGAUUUGACUGCAAAAUUGAAGGCUAUCCCGACCCUGAGGUGAUGUGGUUCAAGGAUGAUCAGCCUGUCAAGGAGUCCCGUCACUUCCAGAUCGAUUACGACGAGGAAGGGAACUGUUCUUUGACUAUUUCUGAAGUAUGUGGGGACGAUGAUGCCAAAUACACCUGCAAAGCUGUUAACAGCCUUGGGGAAGCCACGUGCACCGCAGAGCUCCUUGUGGAAACAAUGGCAAAAGAAGGAGAGGGAGAAGGAGAAGAAGAUGAAGAGGAGGAAGAAUGAAACAAGGCUAAAAAAUAAAUAUUUAAAGACUCUCCUUAUAAGGCUCAGAAAACAAAGUUAUCAAAAGCACCUUGUGUGAAACGUAGGUCUUUGGGGGGGUUGUUAUUUCAGCAUGAUCAGUUGAUACCUGUUAGCUUUAUGUAUGGGCAUUACUUCAAACCAGCAGGCUUUUUAAGUUGCUAGCAUGAUUGGAUUGACUUUAAGCAAGCCAUCAACUAAGUUGCCCAGACUACUUUUAAAAUCAAAUGUAUGGAAACUAAGUUAUAUUCUGAACAUCUUAAAGAAAAAUAGUUUAUUUACUGAGCUCAUUGCUCUUUGCCAUCACUUUUCUCAGCCAAAACCGCAGCUAAGUUGGCUCCCCGAGAUCUACUUUAAAGGAAUUGUUGGCCAGACAUGCAGUGAAUCUCUCCAGUCCUGAGGAAUAGGCUGAGCUGCAUCUUCUCUAAGGGAAGGUUUGACACAGCCAGCAUGGCAAUUUGUAUGUUGGCACGGUUGAUUUCUUGUUUCCUUUAAGCUGAGUCUCACAGACCAAACUUCAAACAUUUUCACUGCCUCUGACAGUGAGCUGUUAGUGCCCUUGUAUUUCUGGCAAGCAUUAAACAUCCAGGUGGCUUCCUGAGAUACUCCUGAUCCUGCUUUUAGCCAGCUGAUCCCACUUUGUCAUCUUUCCCUUAUGGAGCCUGUCACUUCAGUGCAGUUGCAGCUGCCUACUUAGAAACAGACUGAAAACACAAAGACUGAGAAUAUUUUCUGUGUUUCUGGUCAGUCUGAUAAAGACUUAGGAUUCAUAUAUAUGCUGCUGUGAAAAAACAGGUUAUUGCACAAUCAGUGAUUUCUCUGUGCAUGUCUGUGAAUGGAAUCCCAGGUUAGUUAAAGUUUUACUUGCAUUUAUUUGGCAAUUGCAAAACAGAUUUCAACUGAUGAUAAGCUGGAAACUCCCACAGAUUUUUCGAGUAGCCAAAAACAUAGUAGCCUGGAUUACAAACUCCUCUAUUCUUAGCAAUUUCCAAAGCAUCUUAACCUAUAUAGGACCUAUUUCUACCUUAUGAGCUUGACUGUCUUGUUUUUGUCUUGAACCUGCACAAGUAAGGCUGUUGCGUUUUUUAAAAACGCAGAAAAACAAAACAAACAAAAAAAAUCCAAACCCCAUUUUUUUUCUCAGAAAUGCUUAAUGCACUCAGACUUAGUAACUUUGCUUUCCUUUCACAGUAUUGGCACUUUUUAAUUUUUUUUGUUGUUGUUCAGAGGUAAUAUCAGAGGCUGCAAGGUGAUUAUGCAUAAUCCAAAACCAGUGUGUCUUAUAUCUAUGUAUCAUUCCAAAAGUGAUUCUUUUUCUUUUCCACUUUUUGUGUGUAAAGUGCAACCAUUUGCAUUUCAAAGGUUACCUCUUUAAAAAAAAAAAAGACAUUACCUUAAAUCCUCACCAUUAAGUAGUCAGUGUACUUUAAUACAGGUGUGUACAUUACCAACCUUAGGUUGUUUGAUAUUACCUAGUUGUGUAUGUGUUUCAUAUGAUUUGCUCUUCUACAUUCAAAGCUCAACUAAUGUGGGUGACACGAUGGUUUGUAACUGCUUUACUCUUUGUUGCUAAAUUCAGAUUGCCAGCAUGUCUUUUCUUUUCGAUUGAUAAAAACCUCUUGUUAUACUAAACACAGUAUUGCCACAACUCCUUAUACAGAAAGGUUUUGAAUCUGAUUUAGAGCAUACAGAGCUUUCCUCACUUGUUUUUUUUUUAAUGUUUUAGGCAACAACGGGGUGUAUUUUGUACCUUAAUAAAAAUAUGCUAAUGUUCUCCCUGUUUGUUAAACCAUCAGAAUUGCAAAGAUGAGACCGCUACGGCUGUAGUUACUCACGGUUCCUAAAUAAAUACUACCACAAAGCACA